AUGUAUCGCACAGACACUCUAGAAGAUCGCGUGGAGUUGUUACUACGCCGCAUUGCGAAAGGUGCUGAACAACGCGAUGCCGUUCUCGAAAACGUCGCCCACGCCGUUGCCGACACGGCGAGUUUAACCGCAUGCGUAGAUGAUGUACGCACGGUAUCACGUCGAAUGCUCUUUUCUUGUGUAGAUAGUGGCGCUGGACUCGCCCGUACGAUUGCUGUGAGUGCCGCCCUCGCCGGCCGCAGUUCCCGCCGAGUGAAACAACUCGAUUUGUUGUUGAGACGUGUGCGGGAUGCGAAGACGACGGCGGAUGCCUUGCGGGAGAUGCGGCACACGAUUGCCCGUGUGAACAGUACAAUUGAUGCCGGUGAUCUUGAGCGUACGGUGCAACUUCUACGCAAGUAUGAAGAGGCCAGUGCGCACUUUGGCGGUUCGGUGCCCCCUGCACUGCUGGAAGAGGAAGAAGGGGAUGAUGAUGAAGAGGAAGAAGAUGAUGAGGAAUACGGAAAUAGCGAAGAUGAGAAUGGAAUGACUGGGGCUACAGAGAAGGAACUGAUGGGGCAUGAUAGUAAAGAGGCGAAGUAUUCACAAGAAGAGAAGAUGACAAGUGCAGAAGGGAAAGAUGCUUUUUCUUCUUCUACACCUGGAAGAGCCGUAAACAGUGGUGAUGGUGUUGUUAUUGGAGGAGAUAAUAAUAAUAAUAUUAAUAAUACUAAUAAUAAUAGUAGUAGUGGUGGUGACAAGAGAAGAAAGACACCCAAGGGUAAGAAUAAGAAAAACAAGAAGAAUAAGAGUGUUAAGAGGAAUGGUGAGGUGGCAUGUGUAAUUUCAUCAGCGCGGGAAGCUGCAAAAGAGAAACUACUGGAAAAGUUUCGUUCUGCUACUCGAGCAAAUGAUAAACUAACCAUUAUGCAAACCAUAAGGUUACUGACACUUCUUGGUUUUCGUGAUGAGGCCUGUGGACUCUACUGUACAUGGAUGUGUGAACACACAAUUGCGGCACUAAAUAAAAUGGUAGAACGGGAAUUACGAAAAAUGGAUGAUCCCAAUGAGGCUGGAAUGAGUCAUCUCGCCCUUGUCUCUACGGCUCUUGAUGUGGUGGUUGCGGCAUUUGAAAAUGAGGAGGAGUUUAUGCGUGAAACGUUUGGAGAUGUAGGGUUAUUACGAUUAUUAACAGAAUUACAUAGUAAAUCCACCAGUCAAUGUGUACCAGUAUUGAAAGAUUUUUUAAAGAAACGACAGGAAGUAUUACGCUCUGUUACAGCUCCUGUUUCUGUCUCUCCUUCUGGUACUGCUGGUAUUGAUAAUAAUGGUGGUGUUACCACUACGACUCUCACUACACUUGACCCACGCCGUACAGAUCAAAUUCUAGAGGAGAUGUCUCAUCUUGUUUCUUGUUGUCAUUUAUAUUGGGCCUUUGCACAAUCAAAGCAGCAGGAGUAUCUACAUAGUGCUGAGGAAAGUGGAAAACAACAACAACAACAACAUCAUCAUCAUCAGCAAGGAGAAGGGCAAUUAACACAAGAUGCAAUGACUUCCGUAGAUUCGUUAUGGUCUUCACGGGAUAACCCACUUAUGAAUACAGUACAAGAGAUUCUUGCAGUGUUUGUUCCUCUACAAAAGAGUUACUUUACUGCGGCAUUUGAUCAAGUUAUGAGAUUACAAAUGGAGGCCUUACAUGGUGUAGGUAGAGAAGGAUCAAUGGGACCUGGAUCCCCAGGUUUGGGUGCUGGUAGUGGAAUGGGUGAAGGUAUUGGUGAACGUAGAGUUACUGGAAUUGGAAGUACUGCUGGUGGUAUUAGUAAUAGUAAUAGUGGUAGUAGUAAGAAACCAGCAACCAUUGCAAGUCCAUCUACCAGAACGGCAGCGAAUUUUAUGACUGGACUUGCAGCAUUAUAUACUUCUACCGGUAUUGCAACUGCAAAUUCAGGAGAGAAUGAGUUUGAACAGGAUGCUGCUUCUCAUCAAGUUCCUAUCACUCUACCAGAUGAUGUAUUCUUCUUUCUUCGUAUUGCCCUUCAUCGGGCGAUGAAUACAAAAUCUACACAGAUUAUAUCUGCUGUAUUUAUCGCAUGUGCAGAGCUUGUGCAAUCUAGAGUUAUUCCAGUUCUGCAGGAGUACACCACUCUCCCUCCCGCAGCACAACUACACCAAUUGCAACAACAACAUCAAGAACACGGUUACACAUUACCUUCUCGAGUCCUGCGGUGGACAAGUGCGGCACAGCGCACCGCCAACUAUGCACAUAAACUAGCAGAUGAAUUACGACAAUUAACGCGUGCCAAUAACUUUACCGGUAAAGAUUUAUUACGUUUUAAUGAAUUAGCAGAAGAUAUGGAUGUGAUUUCACGUGAUCUUUCCGCUACCGUAACCCGAUGGCUCACACACUAUGCGGAAAUUUGUUAUCAAGCUCAUGUCGCCACCUUCCUUGACCGCUUUGCCUCACUCCCCUACACACUCACAGAAGAUGUUUUUUAUCAUUACGAGUUAAGUGAUCCGUGGGUGAAUGCGUGUGUGGUGGCCUCCACCACCGCUCUUAAUCCAUUUGAUAAUCAUCUCGACUCUUACAGUUUUGAUAUUUUUCUGCUUGCACUCGUCCGGCGUGUAUCUAAUGCGAUGUGGCAAUCACUUGUACAAAAGAGCUUUAGUGCCUAUGGGGCUCUGCAGAUGGAUCGUGAAGUACGCACUCUUCGUACCUUUUUCCUCAGCCGUGCUCAUGAACAACAACUGCGGGAGGCUUUUCUCCCACUCACAACAGCCACGACACUGUUACUAUUAGACUCCCCGCAGGAUGCGGAACAUCAAGAUAUGGGCGAGGGACUCACCGCAGAAGAGAAGCGGCGGGUGUUGGCCUGUCGUGCAGAAUUUAACCGUGCAGAGAUUGCGAGACUGAGGCUGUAG